CAAGAAGUAGUAGAAGAAGAAGAAGCCGAAGAAGCAGCUGGCGAGACGUUGCUGUCCAGCAGCGGUAACGUGGCUUUAUUUAACGGGGAUCAAACUUUCAGGACAGUUAUGCAGGAGAGUGGACCAGCACUUCAGUCACAAUCAGCGUCCUGCUAGCUUGAGAAACGGCUACAGAGAGAAGAUGGACUGAUCUUCAAAACCUUUAUCUAUCUUCUGACCCUUCUUUGUUUGCACCUGUCGGAUCCUUUUGGAUCCUCAGGCAGCAAACAUCAUGGCAGCGAAAGGUCAGCCCGCCCGACACCCGCUAUGGCGCCUCCUUUCACCAUUUGGCGGCCAGCAGGAGCGAGUGGUGCUGGCUCGCAGCGAGAGCCUACCCGGAGAACAUGUGCUGAAAAUCACUGUCACAGAGACCACUGUGAUUGAGGCGGAUUCGGGCGUGUGGAACUUUCGCUCCUUGACCUACCUGGGGCUUUGGUAUUUCCUCAGCUUCUGCACGCUGUUUCUUAACAAGUACAUCUUGUCACUGCUGGAGGGAGAGCCAAGCAUGCUGGGUGCUGUUCAGAUGCUCUCCACCACCAUCAUUGGCUGCCUGAAGAUGUUUGUGCCCUGCUGCCUGUACCAACACAAGGCCCGGAGUGAAUAUCCCCCCAACUUUGCCCUGAUCAUGUUGUUUGUUGGGCUCAUGAGGUUCACCACUGUUGUUCUGGGCCUGGUCAGCUUGAAGAAUGUUGCCGUGUCGUUUUCCGAGACGGUGAAGAGCUCAGCGCCCAUCUUCACCGUAAUCAUGUCCCGACUGAUCCUGGGAGAAUACACAGGACUGUGGGUUAACCUCUCGCUGUUCCCUGUCAUGGUCGGGCUGGCUCUCUGCACUGCCACCGAGAUAACAUUCAACCUGCUUGGCUUCUCCGCGGCGCUUUCCACCAACAUCAUGGACUGUUUACAGAACGUCUUUUCCAAAAAACUGCUAAGUGGAGACACCUACAAAUUCAGCCCUCCAGAGCUGCAGUUUUACACCAGUGCGGCGGCGGUCAUCAUGCUCAUCCCAGCGUGGCUCUUCCUGUUGGAUGUUCCGGUGGUCGGGAAGAGCGGUCAGACCUUCGUCUUCAGUCAGGACAUCGUCCUCUUGCUGCUCUUCGAUGGCGGCUUGUUCCACUUGCAGAGUGUCACCGCCUACGCGCUCAUGGGCCGCAUAUCUCCCGUCACAUUCAGUGUUGCCAGUACCGUGAAGCAUGCGCUGUCCGUGUGGCUGAGCGUCAUCGUGUUCAGUAACCACGUGACGCUCAUCAGCGCCGUCGGCACCGUGCUGGUCUUCCUGGGAGUUUUCCUGUACAACAAGGCCCGGCAGCUGCAGAGGCAGACCCUGCAGGCCACGGCUGCCGAAGAGGACCACAAACCACAGCUUCACUGCAACCAGGACUUCCAGGCCUCGCAGUCGUAGCGUAGAAGAUAAAAACGACGUCUACAAUGGAAGAGGAACGUGUCUUAAUGGAUAACCCGAGACUGUCCAAACCCAAUGAUCAGGAUCUUUAUCUUCCAAUGAACACACCUCAAACACUUGAAAAGGACCCAGCAGACAAUUUUCUCUCCCAGACCCUUCAAUUUGACCAUUUAUGAGACUGGUUUCCAUUUUUAAGCCCCAGUAUGAACUUUCCUUUGUAAUUGGUGAAAGGUCAGUUUUGGAUUAGUGUCAGUAUGGAAUUGAACAUACAUUAACCCAUCUACUGGAUCUCAGUAUGUCACUAUCCAAUGGCUGCUUUUCUGUAAUUCCUUUACAUAAAAGUGGUUGAAACAGGAAGUUCAGGGUUUCUUCACUUUAGAGGCGAUCACAUCUAUUGGACUUUCCCCUUUGCCUGUGGUUUACAAACUGGGGAAUGUAUGUCAUGGUAAAUGGCCUUGAAUCACGUAAGCUCUAAUAUUUCUACUUCCCGUUUGGUUUCUCUCAUUCACACGGUGUGUCUGGAGAAUGAGUCAGAUGACGGCUGUGACAGGGAGUGAAGCAAGUGUUGCUGUGUUGAACGGAAGACGUUUUUGAAGCUUUCAGUCAGUGCGACCCUGACGUCUGAACCAUCUACAAAACAAGUUACUUCAUUUUUUUUGGCCACUGCAUUGUGGGAACACUCAUCCUCUUCCAUCGACAUUGAUAUAUUGAGUUUUUUAACUGCCUUCUGUUACCGCUGUUUAUUUGCUUCCUUGAAAUUUUUUUUCCAAAUUUCGUAUAGUUGCAUGAAAUACUGACUUGGAUGUGACAUAACAGAAUGUCAUUUAAGACAAAUCAGUUCAAAUUGAAUGUCUUAGCAGUUUCAUAUUCAACUGAAGGAGAGAUGGAGGGAGGCCAAAGCAUGUUAUAAACCGGAGAAAACGUCAAGUAAUCCAGCAGUAUCUCUUAAUUUAGAUCCAAAGACGGGAUGGACGGUUUCCUAAACUGGUUUACUGCAUUUUUGCAGACCUGACUGCCAUUAAUCCAACAUGUGUGUAUGUUCCAUACCGAGCAAACUGUGUGCCAGUCGCUCCUCGUAUGACUUACGGUUUUUAAUCUGAGCUCAUCUAGAAUCUUUUCCACAGAAUUCAAGCUAUUUUUUGAGACUCAGGCAUUCUGUGGUUGUGUAAAAUGCUGCGUUGUGGUAUCUUGUAUGUUGUGCAUAUGAGCUAACUUCCCCUGGACCAUGCCAGCUCAUCUCAUGUGGUCGUUUCAUGUGGUUGCAUCUGCGCAGUCGGAUUACUUCACGUCUGAGUCCAUCAGACUUUUUAGAUUUUAAAGACAUGGUAAACUUUCCUUGUUCCAUUUGAUUAGGAUCUCAACUUUGUGCCAAAAUAUUUUGCUUCAUCUUGUAGUGGAAUAGAGACUUUUGAGAUCGUUUUGUUUCAAUUGUUGUUUUCCCAAAGUAAGUUCUUCUUGAAUGGUGACUACCUCUAACUAGAAAAUAAUGAGUAACGUCUUAAAGUAACUUCUUAAACCUCACAGCGUUGAUUUAACCACUGAUAUAGGUGUUAACCUGUUCCUUGAACAGUCCCGUCACCCAUGUGGGCCUAUCACACGAGCUUCUGCAAGGAAGACUCGUCUGACGUUUAAUUCUGUCUCUUCUCUGCCACAUAAAAAGGACUGAAAUGGGAAGUUUCGGCUUUUUUGUAUAUAUUUGCCAAUGUCGGUGAAAACGACCAUGUAAAUGUUGAAUGAACCCGAUACACAGAUGUAAGAUAUUUGGUGGAUCUUGUACAGUUGUUUUGAUGGCUGAAUAAAAUAUUUUCU